GCCGACUGUGUGCCAACUACUAUGGCUAUAAUGAAGAACUAGCAGCGUACAUUUUGGACAUGUUCGCUCCUGGCGAAGCCGUGCAGUUAUUCGAGGCUAACGACAGGCCGAGACCGAUGACAAUUCGUGCCAACACCAUAAAGACUCGGAGGCGUCUUUUGGCACAGCAGCUGAUCGCUCGAGGCUGCCAGGUGGAACCAACGGGAGAGUGGACGAAGGUCGGCCUGACUGUGAAGGAGUCGAAGGUGCCUAUUGGAGCCACUCCGGAGUACCUCUCGGGCCGUUAUAUGCUGCAGUCCGCAUCAUCGUUCGUUCCUGUUCAAGCUCUCAAUGCCCAGCCAGGGGAGACUGUGCUAGAUAUGAGUGCAGCUCCUGGUGGCAAGACUACUUACAUUGGGCAGAUGAUGCAGAACCAAGGCGUUCUCUUUGCUAACGAUCUGAGGGAGGACCGGUAA